ACCUGAUACAGCUCCUCAACCACCUCGCUCCAUCGUCAACUCGCUGUAAUGCCGCCCUCCCUCUCCUCCCUCCCCUCGCCGACCGCUCAAUCCGACGCGAGCGGUCCUCGGACUCUCCGUCUCGCCAUCCUCGAGACCGAUCCCGAAAACAUAACCGUCUGCGGCUCGUUCGCGCAGCUGUUUGACAACUUAUUCACAAACACCGUCACCCAGACCGAGGAGGCGGUCGAGAACGUCGGGCUCGAGCUUGUUAAUUAUAAUGUCGUCAAGGGGGAUUAUCCGGCGAAGAUUGAGGAGUUUGACGGGAUGCUUAUUACUGGGUCUCGAGCAAACGCGUACGACGACGACAAAUGGAUCCUCGACCUCGCAGCCUUCAUCCGCAAAAUCUUCAACUCCUCCACCGUCCGCCUCAUCGGCAUCUGCUUCGGCCACCAAAUCAUCGCCCGCGCCCUCGGCGGCACCGUCGCCCCCAACCCCGCCGGCUGGGAAGUCUCCGUCACAACACUAACCCUCGACGACGCCGGCAUCGGCGCCCUCAUCUUCCCCGACAUUGCUCAAUCCACCGGCGGACUGCUGCGGAUCCAGGAAAUGCACAGCGACCACGUGACCGUGCUGCCCAAGGGCGUGCAUGUCUUUGCCUCGUCGCCAAAGUCGCCCGUGCAGGGCAUGUACGUACCGCGCAAGAUCCUGACGUUCCAGGGCCAUCCGGAAUUUAACGCCGAGGUUGCGGAGGCGCUGGUCGAUCGGGUGAUUAGGAACGGCGGGUUGACGGACGAGCAGGCGCAGGACGCGCUGGGGAGGGUGGGGAUGGAGAAUCAUGGGGGGAGAUUGGGAAGGCGGUCGUAAGGUUUUUGACGGGGGUUAUUGAUCCUUGAUAGAUGUGUUUAGAUUUGAUGGUGUGGUUUGGAGAUGUGCUGUAAUAUAAGGAGUAAUGUGUUUUGAUGGUUAGAAAUAUGCAAUUCUUGGAGUAGUCUGUUGAUACACAGUAUAGACAAUACAUGUACAGUCUAUACAAUUUAUAUAACAAUCCAUGUAUAAUCUAUAUACAAUCUAUACACUCUAUACACUCUACCUCAGUAUCUAAAAUGUUUGA